ACCAAACAUGCGAUAACACUUAUUCGGGUCGGCAUCAAAUUUAGACCCAGCCGUAAUAUGUCCAAGCGAGACCAGGCGAAACUUUUUAAUUGCCCUUUUCACCACGUUCGUUACCUUCAAAAAAGAAGUCAGACUCUUUUUCAGCCCCCACCACCUACUUACUUGGUUCAGCAAGCAUGCGCACUUCCGUCGCUAUCCUUUUGGCCUCCAUCGCGUCUGCCUUUGCCUACGAGGUCACCUCUCCAGGUGAUAGCGAGGGUUGGACAACUGCUGGACCCAACGUCCUGACUUGGGAGCGCGUUGACACCGACCCAGCGAACUUCACGGUGGUGUUGACCAACGUGAACUAUGGUGUCAUGAAUCCUCAGGUUCUCAGCGCACUUGUUGAUGGGACCCUGAGCUCAGUCGUCUGCAACGCUCCAAGUGGAGGCUGGCCUGUGGGCGCUGGCUUCCGUGUCAACCUUGCUGCAGAUGCUCAACAUCUCGACACCCUGCUUGCUCAGUCCAAUCAAUUCAACAUCACCUCUGGCUCGUCAACUUCAACUUCUUCCACAGGUUCUGGCGCAAAAAUUACUACUACUGCUCUUGUCUCUGGGACUACCGCAACAAUUCCGGCCACUGCUGUAGCAGCGUCUACCACCAGUUCAGACACCAGCACAACCCCCACUGGUAGUAGCGCAGCCAUCCUUGGAAUGAAAGUGGAGACGGGUCUCCUGACCGCCGUUGCAGCCUGCGUUGCCUUUAUCACCACUCAUUUCUGAACAUUCGCGUAAAAAUAUGUUAUCCUUAGACACUCGGAUAUUUUCUCUUCGUGUAGUGUUUUUUUUUUUU